GCCGCUGGCUCAAAAAACAUUAUAUGUAAAAUGCACGAUUAACGCGAGCAGUCACCGAUGUAUAUUACUACGUUUGUUCUACGUCUCCGUGUACCUAGUGUACGAUAGAUACACACAUUUGUGGAGUGUGCCUCGUGUUUGUGUUUGUGUGUGUACUCGUGUAUGUGUGCGACGUUUGUGUGUUAAUGUGUCGUUACGACAAAGUUGUGUAUUGAAGUUUACCAUUGUAAUAUACAACAACUCAUACAUACUAUCAUGGCGAUGAAGAGCGGCUCGUCUUGCGGUGGCUCCAGCGUCGAACUCAACAUAUCACCGAGGGUCGGCGGUCCGCUGUCGCAGUCCCUGUCCAUGAUACCGCCGACGAUGCACGGCCACGACUUCAAUCAGCCGCUCUCCAGGGUGGUGAUGGUCCGCAAGACCGACCAGCGCACCUUCAGCAAGGGCCGCAAGGCGCCGGACGGCGAGCCGCUGCUCGAGACCGUGACGCGCGAGACCGUCGAGCUGUUCAGCGGCGGCCGCGCCGAGAGGAAGUACACUUCCGAGACUCGCGACAUCGUUACGCCCAAGUCGAGCAGGUCAAGGGCCGAGUCGGUGAGAUCCAAGUCUCCGCUGACGGCGUCGCCUGCAUCGCCGGGUCCGCUGUCGAGCAGCUCGAUCCACGGCAGCUUCCACAGCAGCCUCGGCAGCGAUGGCAUGUCGUGCAGCAGCGCGAGGUCUUCCUCGGCGUCGCCGGACUCCGCCAGAUACUCCAGCACGUCGAAUCAGAUCACCAAGACUGAAGUACGUAAACCAUGUGUGCGCAGAUCGGGUCCGUCCAAGGAGUUCGUCGAGGCCUGCCUCGAGGCGCACAACCACUACAGGUCGCGCCACGGCGUGCCCCCGCUGCGUCUCAACAAGCAGCUGUGCAAGGCUAGUCAAGAGUGGGCCAACUCGCUGGCGACGCGGGGCCGUCUCGAGCAUCGGGCCAACGUCGACUACGGCGAGAAUCUCUUCUGCGUCUGGAGCUCGAAUCCGAAAACGGUGAUAAACGGCGACGAGCCGGUGCACGAGUGGUACGCCGAGGAGCAGCAGCACGCCUACGGCAAGGAGCCCACCACCCUCAAGACGGGCCACUUCACCCAGGUCGUCUGGCGCGACAGCCUCGAGCUGGGCGUCGGGAUGGCGCGCAAUCGCAACGGCGAGGUCUACGUCGUGGCCAAUUACAAUCCGGCGGGCAAUUAUCUCGGCAGCUUCACGGAGAACGUCGUGCCGCCCCUGCAUCGGCACAGCAACGGCGACGACUAUCAGCAUCAUCAUCACGAGCGGACGUCGUCGUCGUCGAUGUCGGGCGCGUCGUCGCCGCAGCCCGGCAAGAGCGGCAGCAGCAACGGCAGUUCGCAGCCCAACAGUCCGGAGCCGCAGCCGCAGCAGCAGCUGCAUAAACCGGUAUUGGACGAGAAGUCGUGGGAGCUCGAAGCUCUCAAGGUGCACAACGAGUAUCGGAGAAGGCACAGGGUGCCCGAGCUGAGAUUGAACGCAGAUCUCACAGCCGCUGCCAAGCAAUGGGCGUGCACCUUGCUAAAUACGAACAAACUCGUGCCGCAGUCGUCGUCGCCUUACGGCGAGAACAUUUACUCGAUGCAGUGCUCGGACCCGAAGCUUAUCGUAUCGCCGCGCGAAGUCAUCUCCAAAUGGUACGCCGAGAGGAAGGAGCACAAGUUCGGCACCGAGCCGAGAAUCAUGAACACAUGUCACUUCACGCAGAUAGUGUGGCGCGGCACGCGCGAGAUGGGCAUGGCGAUGGCGAAGCGCGACGGUACCUGCGUCGUGGUCGCCUGCUAUCAUCCGCGCGGCAACAUAGUCGGCCAGUUCAGCGCCAACGUGCCCAAGGCCCAGCUGCCGGCCGCGAGAACUGCAUGACCAGCGGACAAGUCGCGGCUGCUGCAGAAACCCGCCCCACCGGCGGCGGCAGCAGCCCCGACAGACAACGAUUCUGCCACCUGCAGUAACUCGCAAAAGCAGCAGCAGCAGAGUACCAAUGAGGAUGGCGCAGUAGUUGGCAAAGGCGAGAACGACUCGCCCAAGACCGAGUGAAUUUACCUUUUAUAGAUAAUAAUUUAAACGUCACAAUGGCCAAAAUAAAUUUACAUUUGUUAUAAAUGAUAAGAGAGAGCGAAUUAAGCAAGAUCGUUUGAAUUUUAUUCAGGUUUUGCUUGACAAAACAACAACUACGUGUAAUUCGUUUUACUAUUAAUUACUUUGCAAAAAUAAUUGAUGAUGAAGCGAGUCUCUUUUUUUGUAAAUAAUCGAUGAAUCUUAAGAAGAGCGUGUUAAUGUAAGAUAACAAAAAAAAAGUAAUGAUGUAAGAUUAUUACCGUACAUUCCCGUGUACGCGCGUGGCUGCGAGUGCAAUUGUAAAUUAAAAUACUGGAGAAAAAGAAAACAAAUUUCGAGAUACAAAACUAAUACGCUAGUUCAUUAGUAUUAAUUCGUAUUUUAAUACACUUUACAACUUUAAAUAUUAUUUAUUUAAUGAAUUAUUGAAUUAUAUUGAAUUAUUCAAACGAGCAAUGAAAUUAUUAAAGCAAAACAAUUCGACAUUUACGUUGACAUUAAAGAAAAAAAAAAUAUACCAAAAUUAUUUUCGUGAA